AUGAGCGGUCGCGGCAAAGGUGGCAAGUCUCGCGCAAAGGCAAAGACCAGGUCGGCCCGUGCUGGCCUCCAGUUCCCGGUAGGCCGUGUGCACCGGCUUCUGCGCCGCGGCAACUAUGCCGAACGCGUCGGUGCUGGAGCACCAGUCUAUCUGGCUGCUGUGCUUGAGUACCUGGCCGCUGAAGUCCUCGAGUUGGCCGGCAACGCUGCCCGUGACAACAAGAAGACCAGGAUCAUCCCCCGUCACCUACAACUUGCCAUCCGCAACGACGAGGAGCUGAACAAACUUCUCGGAGGUGUGACAAUCGCCCAGGGUGGUGUCCUCCCGAACAUCCAAUCCGUCCUCCUGCCCAAGAAGACGGAGAAGACAACCAAGGCUUAA